GGGGCUGCGCGCGCGGCGGAGGCAGCGCAAGAUGGCGGCGGGCGCGUGAGCGGCGGCGCGGCCGGGGCGGAGGGAGCGAGGCCCGAGGGGAGCGGGAGGGGCCGGCGGGGCCGCCCGGGGCGAUGGUAAAAUGACCCAGGCGGGCAAGAAGAAGAAGCGCGCCGUGAACCGCAGCAUCAUGCUGGCCAAGAAGAUCAUCAUUAAGGACGGCGGGACGCCUCAAGGAAUAGGCUCACCCAGUGUCUACCACGCUGUUAUUGUGAUCUUCUUGGAGUUUUUUGCUUGGGGACUCCUGACAGCUCCCACUCUGGUGGUUUUGCAUGAAACCUUCCCAAAACAUACAUUUCUAAUGAAUGGUCUAAUUCAAGGAGUAAAGGGCUUAUUGUCGUUUCUCAGUGCCCCACUCAUAGGUGCCCUGUCUGAUGUGUGGGGACGAAAGUCCUUCCUGCUGCUAACGGUGUUUUUCACCUGUGCACCAAUACCACUCAUGAAGAUCAGCCCGUGGUGGUACUUUGCUGUUAUCUCUGUGUCUGGAGUUUUUGCAGUGACGUUUUCUGUAGUUUUUGCUUAUGUAGCAGACAUAACCCAAGAACAUGAGAGAAGCAUGGCCUAUGGUUUGGUUUCAGCAACUUUUGCGGCGAGUUUAGUCAUCAGCCCUGCUAUCGGUGCCUACCUUGGUCGUGAGUACGGAGACAGCCUGGUUGUGGUCCUGGCUACAGCCAUAGCCUUGUUGGACAUUUGUUUCAUCCUCGUUGCUGUGCCAGAGUCGCUGCCAGAGAAGAUGAGGCCGGCAUCCUGGGGAGCACCCAUUUCGUGGGAGCAGGCUGACCCCUUUGCAUCACUGAAGAAAGUCGGCCAGGACUCCAUUGUGCUGCUAAUCUGCAUAACAGUCUUUCUUUCCUACCUCCCAGAGGCAGGCCAAUAUUCCAGCUUCUUCCUAUACCUCAGACAGAUUAUGGGAUUUUCGUCUGAAAGCGUUGCAGCAUUUAUAGCAGUCCUUGGGAUUCUUUCCAUUAUUGCACAGACAGUAGUUUUGAGUUUACUUAUGCGGUCCAUUGGAAAUAAAAAUACCAUCCUGCUGGGCCUGGGAUUUCAGAUACUGCAGCUCGCGUGGUACGGCUUUGGAUCAGAGCCAUGGAUGAUGUGGGCAGCCGGUGCCGUGGCAGCCAUGUCCAGCAUUACCUUCCCAGCUGUCAGUGCCCUGGUUUCACGGACUGCUGAUGCCGACCAGCAGGGUGUUGUUCAAGGGAUGAUAACAGGCAUUCGAGGACUGUGUAAUGGUUUGGGACCAGCACUUUAUGGUUUUAUAUUCUAUAUAUUUCACGUUGAAUUGAAUGAACUCCCCAUGUCUGAAUCACCAUCAGGAGGUAGUGUGGUUGCACAAUACCCUUCACAACAGAACUCCAUAAUUCCCGGACCCCCAUUCUUAUUUGGAGCGUGCUCUGUGCUGUUGGCACUACUUGUUGCCUUGUUUAUUCCUGAACACACAAACCUAAAUGUACGAUCCAGCAACUGGAAGAAACACUGUGGCAGCCACGGCCAUCCCCACAGCCCACAAACUCCUGGUGAAGCUAAAGAGCCACUGCUGCAAGAUACAAAUGUAUGACAAAAAUCCAGGAAGACCUUUUGGACUCUUUUCAUCAGCAGUUUGGGAUACACAUUCCAAUUCCAUCAAAAUGUAAUUUCUUAAGGUAAUCUUAAGAAGUAUCUUUCUGCAUGAAAUCUGUAGGAAUUAAAACGGAGCUUUCUCCAAAGAUGUUGCCAUUGAACUAAAAACUUGCUUUUAUAAACAAACAGUUACAUACUUGUCUCUUGCCAUGAAAUACUGUUACUGCUAAACUUAACUUUACAUUCUAGUUCAGAGACAAAAAGUAGAGUCCAGGCAUGAGCAUGUGUCCUUGUUUCCUUACGGUGGUGAGCUUUAAUUCUAGUCACGCUACGUCUCAAUGAGACAUACUGGCAUCCGUGUGGACCCAUUCGUUUUAAAAUCUUGGGUCAGUUGAUUCAAAGCCUUAAUGUAAAUGUACUCUAGUAGGGAGAAGGUAAAUUGGUAUCAUUUCUUUUAAAAGUCACAUGGCAGGUUUUUUUUUUAAGUUUGUACUAAUACAAAAAUCACAUGAGCACGCUUGCUGAACAGUAAAAGUUAUUUUUUAUGUAAGUGCAUUUACUCUUUCUAUUUUUGAAUAAACGGUAGUGUCAAACACUUGUUUAAAUAGUAAGUGGGUGUUUUGAGCCUACAAAUUUUAAUACUGGCUCUAAAACUCUGCUUUCCUAUGUACCGUUUAUUAUACCACUAUAUUUCUUCUGACGUUUGCGUAAUCAUAAGGACCUCAAAACUUGAAUACACAGACUGAAUAUAAGCUGAUAGCCUUGAAUCUGUCCGUGUGCUAUAUAGUGGCCUUUGAGGACUGUCACAAUAACCCUUUUGCAUUACAGAGCUAAAGUUUUAGUCCUAAAUUUUCAGGACCCUUAGUACAGAAGAGAGCUUUAUAUACAAUUACUGAUGUGAAUUUCUCUAAAAGUGUAUAUUUUUGUGUCCAGUUGUAUUAUUUAAGUGUUCCUUUGUAUAAAUUUGUGUAUAAAGUAUUGUAUAGGUUUAAAAUGUUUUCAUCUUGUGGUUAUUGCUUAAUGCUUUUUUACCUUUGAACAUUCACCAUGGUUGACCAAGAGCAGGAAAAAAAAUAUGUAAAUAUACUGUUAAUAAAGUUGAAUAUUUUAAUGAAUUUUUAAA